UCGCGCACGAAAUCCCUCGCAGUCUUCAUUGCCCCGUGUAGGAUUUUUUUCCAUCUGGCGAGAGAAGGCCGCUGCCCCCUCACACAUAAAAUCAAUGUUGCAUCAUGCUUCAUCACCCCCUCAUACAUAAAACGCAGUUUUAUCAUGCGAUUACUUUAGAAAGAUAGAAAGGAUCAAACCACGACAGCAGUGCUCCUAAGUGCGUUUCGUUUAGGUUACUAUUUUAGGCUGUUUUAUUGGUUUAGAUAGUAUUUUGCGGUAUUUUUUUGACGGGAUCGAGAAGCAAGUGGUGUUUUGGAACCUACUUGAGUCAAACAAAUUUUGGUGCAUUUCUUGGAACGGGACAAGUUUGGAUAAACGAGAAGGCCGAGUUUUUGGAUCCAGCAGUUUUUGAUGUACCUCGAUUUUUUACCCUCAACAUGUUGAAGUUUUUCUUUUGGGACGUCGGCCUCAGAGCGACGAUUUGGAUGGCAAGAUAACAAAGAUUGUAGAAGUAGUAGACCCACAAAAUUUUUUAACUACAUCGCCACCAGCAGCAGCAUAUCAAAUGUAAAAGUGUCUGGGUCUGGAAGAAUAGAAUGCAACUUGUCAUGCUAAAUCUGAAGCAUGCAAAAAUCUGUGUUGCAUGAUUACCAAAAGUCGUGCAGUUUUGACCAAGUCGGGAUGGAGUUUCUCAUGCAGAAUAGGCAUGAGAGAGAUCGCGCAGAAUCUGUCAUGCUAGGUCCUGCAUUCCAGACCUCGUGGGUCAUGGAAAAGCUGCAUGACAAGUCGCGCACUCUUCCAGACCCAGACAUUUUUGCAUUUGAUACAGCAACACGUGGGUCAUGGUUGUAUCCAGGUCUUGAUGAUGUUUUGCAGUCAUCGAUACGAAGGAAAGGAUCACAACAAAAGGACAACCAACCAAGGAACCAGCCACCCCUUCAUGGAUACUUACAUCAAACACUUGCGUCGACCAACUUACUAUACAGCCCUCAGAUGUCGUCCAACAUCAAGCACCACCUCGUGGUCCAACAGUUGGACGAGGUGGCUUUAUUUUCGUUCCACAUAAGCCCCAGCGUAGCCGCCGCAAUACUUUCGUUUUGUGUCUUGGAGGGGAAAAAUUGUGAGGGAGUGCAUAGCGAUAUUCCCAUUUUUGCAUUGCAAGUCAGCCACCCCCUUUCUGCAUCGCAAGUCAGCAAUUAAUAAAUUUGGAUUUGUCGGAAUAUUUCAAUACGUGACCUUAUAAAGUGAGCAGUUUCGUUUUUGAUGCAGAAAGCCUUCUCAACGCAGCCAGCUGCUUUUUGAGAAAAGCUAGCCCAUUUUUUGUUAACAACUCUCUGUGCAAAAAAUUUGGUGUUGAAGUUUUAC